AUGGGUGCUAUCAUAGAGCAGUUGGGGUAUAAGCUGGUUUGGUCCGCCGGUAGUUGCAAGCUGUAUCCUCCUGAUGGUAAGUCGUUGAGGCUUAGGGUCAAAAAUGGUUGCCCGGAAUUGGUUGAGAGCCAAGCCCUUACGCUGAUAUCACGGUUGGAAGAGCACAAAAUGCAACAGGUUGAGGAGCUCAGGCGAAGAACGGAUGAGGGGAAGGAUCGCAUCAGACAGGCGAAAAUCGCAAUGGAGCGCACGUGGUGGGAUCAUUUGGUUGAGCAUGUGAGCUCGUCGGCGCCGGCAUCGGGCCACAUGGCAGUGUCAACAGCUCCAUUCUUUCAGGAUGUGCCCGACCGUGCAUUGUCAGGCAUACUCCCAUCGGAAGCUGUGGACUCCAAGACUUUGUGGAAAGCUCUUGAAGAAGGCAUGCCAAACCUCAACCGGCGAAGGAGGAAGGCGCUUCAUCGCGCAUCCAAUUGGGUUGUUCAUUUGUUUGCGGGAGCCAAGAUCUUUACCAUGAUCCGCUUUGGACGCUUCUUGCUAAGGUUGCAAAGUUGGGACGAGUUGCGGCGGUCAUUGGAGGUGCCGCAGGUUUGUUGUAGCGCCGACAGCCGUGUGUCUCCAGUGUGGGCGCCGGGGUUUGUGCAAGCCAUCGUGUACGCACUCCAACGUUGGCCAUGUUACCGCAUCAUGAAAUUCACCCAAGCGGAUUGGGAACAGCAUGUUGCGAACAAUCACGUGCCGUACCGCCGUGAUUGUGCAGUUUGCGUGCACGGUGCCGGAAACGGCCGCCGCCACCACGGUGUAGUUCACCCGGAUGUGUAUUGCAUGUCAGCCGACAUUGCGGGGCCCAUCCGUGUGAAGGGCAAAGACCCAGAAAGCCGCAACCACCGACCAGCCACGUUCAAGUACUUCCUCGCUGUGUCGUACCGCUUCCCACGGCUCAGAGGAGUGAAGGAGGAGUCAGACCCCAGCCAAACCGAGGGGUUUGAUGAUGCAGCACUCCUCCCGGGAGGGACGGAUGACCUUGCAGAUGAGGCCUUUCCCGCAGCAGAAGGCCCCCCGUGCGAGGAUUACGAGGACUCCCUGUACGAGCCAAGUUUAGCGGAAGAAGAGGAGGAGGCGGAAGGUGAAGGAGUUGAAGGGCCUAGGGAGUUUGCAGCCAAAGUUGCCGAGGAGCAUCCCUGGGAGUCAGCCAGGUGUGAACUCGAAACACCGCCUGACAUGGCGAGGCUGGUGUUUGCAGUGCCACUUCACACAAACAAGGGAGACUCGCUUGAGGAGGAGCACACACCACCUCCACGCAGGGUUCGCGGCAAGCGGUCUGCGGGUGUGAGACUUGACGACGUCUUUGCACUUGACCCGCCGCCUCCCUUGCCGCCGCCAGCAGAAGCUCCACACCCGGAAGGGCCUGUGUCACCGGUUGAGGAGGAGUCUGCCCGUGUAGCGCGCUUGAGUCUGCAAGACCUUGAAGGUUUAGCUACGGAGCUUAUCGAGGACGACUGGGACCUUGAUGAAGCGUUGUGGGUGCUAGCCGAAGUGUGCAGAGCAGCGCCCCAGCUGCAACACAAAGCUGGGUUGUACCGUCACGGAGGUGUCGUAGGAGUUUUAGGGGGUACCACAGAUAAGCCUUGGCUGACAGAGCUUAUGAAUAUGGUGCUUUCCGCAGUUGCACCCACAGCAGAGUACACCUCGCUUUGGUUGUCUAACUCCACUGUUCAACCCGUGCACGCCGACCACCACAACCUGCAGGGAUCCACAAAUGUAGUCCUCCCUUUGAAGCUCCCGCCUAACGGAGGGGAUUUGUGGAUAGAACUCAAGCCUGGUGACCUAGUCAGUGGCCCUGUAGAGGAGCGGGUAGACGGCAAAGGCAGGCGCUGGUUAGGGACAACUCACAAGUUAGAGCGCGGUAAGCCCUUCUUCCUAGACCCUACUCGCCGCCACGCCACCACUCCCUGGAAGGGUGAGAGAGCAGUGCUUGUCGGCUACACAGUCAACACGUUAGGCAAAGAGCUUGAGCACGAGUUUCAAAGCCUUGAAGCUUUAGGUUUUCCACUCCCAGCCUCGGUACGUUUACCGCUGACUGAGCAGCAAGACGUGAGACGUCUCGACGCGUUUGACUGCUUCGAAGAAGAGCCCCUUCAGGAGACAAAGGCACGUCACCCUGACGGGAAGGCUUCUGAGUUAGCGCCUGGGACUGUGCUUAAAGGCGGAGGUUGGAAAGAAACCCAAGCCGUAGAAGCAGGUACUGUAGAGCUGGAGGUGUCGUGGAACCUGAAACACUCGCCGGACCAAGGGCGAACCCAGUCUGAGCACGCCCUGCUGGCUUGCCAACCAGACACCGAGACACAGGUUGAGGAGGAGGAGAGCUUAAGCGAAGACUCCUUGCCGGAGCAACCAGUGCUGUGGGAGUUGUGGGUUCCAGACCCGCAGACAGGUGAGCAGCUGUGUGUUCUCAGGUCUGACGACUCGGUAGUCCACACUGUAGACCCUCGGGAUGCAGAGCAAUGCAUCGAGAAGUGGAUGCCGUCCAUUCACAAAGAGAUCGGUGUCAUUGAGAAGGCUGUGCGGCGACUGCCCCCUGCAGAGGGUGACGCUGCCCUCGCUACCCGGAAGGGUCAAGCUUACCACAAACGCAAGGCUCGCUUGGUCGCUUGUGGCAACCACGCCUACAGUGAAACUCAAGCUGUGGGCACUGGGACCGUGGCGCAGCAAGACCUGCAGCUGAGUGCCUUCGCUGUCCUGCUCGCCUUCUUUCAGGUCGUAGGUGCUGCCAGCCAGACAACGGACGAGGAAGAAGACUUGUCUCCCCCCGUGUCGCUUGAUGCAGAUUUGAUGUUGGCAGUAUCCAUCAUCUGCAUUGGUAUCUGCUUCAUUGCAGUGUGGGAGUUCUUCAAGCGGCGCGCAAGUUACAGCGCCUUCGAGAUCAAACUGCGCGUGCCAUCCAGGCGCUAA